ACUAUGACUAACCCUAAAUUCCCAUUCCUUAUCUAACUUCUCAUUUUACAGCCGCCACCUUCAUUUUCUCUCCCAUUCCUUCAACCGCCGAGCUUACACAUCGCCGCAGGUACCAAAAAUGGUUAAAGGAAGACAAGGAGAACGCACUAGGCUUUAUGUCAGGGGUAAUGUUCUUGGAUACAAGAGGUCCAAGUCAAAUCAAUACCCAAACACCUCUCUUGUCCAGAUUGAGGGAGUAAACACCAAGGAGGAGGUUGCUUGGUAUGCUGGGAAGCGUGUGGCGUACAUUUACAAGGCCAAGGUAAAGAAGGACGAUAGCCACUAUCGAUGCAUUUGGGGAAAGGUUACUAGGCCUCAUGGCAACAGUGGAAUAGUCCGUGCAAAGUUCACGUCAAAUCUGCCACCAAAAGCAAUGGGAGCCAGGGUUAGAGUAUUUAUGUAUCCAAGCAACAUAUAAGGACUUAUAUUUGUGCGUAUAUCAAGUGAGAAACCAUUCUGCUUGAGACUUCUCUAUAAAUCUAUGGAGAUGCGCUCCAAUGUAUUUGGCUCACAGAUUUAUGUAGUUGUUCAUAACUCAUCUCCUUAAAUAAUCCAUGUAAUCUGUCCAUACACUUCAUAUUCAUUACUUGAAAAUUGAUCUUUUUAUUAUUUUCUGCCAAAAAAGUAAAUCGCACUUAGUUCUUCUUGUUAGCAUUGUUUAACAAAAAUUGUUUCCAGGAUUUUAUCUGUGCGUAUAUCAAGUGUAAAGCCUUUCUGCUUGAGGCUUCUCUUUAAAUCUAUGGAGAUGUUCUCCAAUGAUAUUGGCUUACAGUUUCAAUUUUUUCUGGUCCAGUUUUUACCAUAUGUUGUCUGUAUUCUGUCCAGCUAAAUUUGUUUUUACGAGCAUAUUUGUUUAUCCAUGGAGAUGUUCUCCAAUAUGAUUGGUUUAUAAUUUCCCUUUUUCCUGAAUCCUUUUUCAAAAUGUUGUAUUUUCAUUUCUUUUGUGCAUAGUAAGAUAGAGGUUCUGUUUGUUCUUGGCUUAGACACUAGUUUUGGUAAAAGUGUUUAGUUUGGUUUUGUUGUUUACUUGUUUGAUCUUGAUGAUUGUAUAAUUGGUACCUGGUUAUCUAAGCAACCCUCCUUGUUUUUUUGUUGA